CACCUUUUUGAGCUAAAGGUAAACCAUUUUAGCUCAAAGCCAAAAGGUUCCACAGUGGCCUUUAUUUGAAAGAAAAUCACGAGACGAAAACAAAUGAUAUUCUGAGCUUGGAGCGUUGAGCUUUAUUCUUUUUUGGGAAUAAAUCGGGGACUGCAAAGUUCGCGUCUUCUCGAGAAAGAAAACAAGCCACUGACGAGAGUAGGAAACAUGGCAAUGAGGCUGGUUUUGAUGGUCAUUGGCCUUGCUUGCUUCAUUUCUGGGGUUAUCUCCCGUGGAUCUGAAAUACAUUCUGCGUUUUCUUACUUGGAGAAUGAUUUCGUCGCAGCAAAAGCUUCUUCCUCGCCCCAGCCUCUCAUGGUCGCCCUCACUCUCAUUCAAGGAGCUGCUUCCAAGGGAGCCGUGUGUUUGGAUGGAACACUGCCUGGUUACCACUUGCAUCGUGGAUUCGGAUCUGGGGCUAAUAGCUGGCUCAUUCAACUUGAGGGUGGAGGCUGGUGCAAUACCCUCAAGAGUUGUGUUUUCAGAAAAACUACUCGUCGUGGUUCCUCAAACCACAUGGAAAAGCAAAUACCAUUCACGGGAAUUUUGAGCCAUAAAGCUGAAGAAAACCCUGAUUUCUUCAACUGGAACAGAGUCAAAUUACGGUACUGUGAUGGAGCAUCAUUCAGUGGGGACAGUGAGGACAAGAGUGCACAACUUCAAUUCAGAGGACAAAAAAUAUGGCUGGCUGCUAUGGAGGAGUUAAUGUCUAAGGGAAUGCACAAUGCUGACCAGGCCCUUCUCUCUGGAUGCUCUGCGGGUGGCCUGGCAUCCAUUAUACAUUGUGAUGAAUUCCGGAGCUUGUUUCCUAAAUCGGCCAAAGUGAAAUGUUUGAGUGAUGCAGGGUUUUUUCUUGAUGCAAUUGAUGUUUCUGGGGGACACACAAUGAGGAAUCUAUAUGGAGGUGUUGUUAAAUUACAGGAAGUGCAAAAGAAUCUGCCAGAAAGUUGUCUCAACAAACUGGACCCAACUUCGUGCUUCUUUCCUCAGAAUUUGAUCAACCAUGUUACGACUCCUUUGUUUAUACUCAAUGCAGCCUAUGAUGCAUGGCAGCUCCAAGCCAGUUUAGCACCGCCUUCAGCUGACCCCCGUGGCUCUUGGAAUAACUGCAAAUCAAACCACGCAAAUUGUAAUUCAUCUCAAAUUCAGUUCCUCCAAGACUUCAGAAAUCAAAUGCUUAAUGCUUUGAAGGGUUUCUCACUUCCAUCUCAAACUGGACUAUACAUAAAUUCUUGUUUUGCUCAUUGCCAAUCUGAGAGACAGGAUACUUGGUUUGCUGAUGACUCUCCCUUGAUUAAGAACAAGCCAAUUGCAAUAGCUGUUGGAGACUGGUAUUUUGAUCGGCAAGUUGUCAAGGCUAUUGACUGUGCAUACCCCUGUGACAAGACCUGCCAUAAUCUGGUCUUCAAUGACGAUGUAUCUACCCCAGUAGGCUCACAGUCAACGAGCAGUGAUGGUAUAUUUUCUACAGUAGAUCCCCAGCCCUCAAGUGACGACACACCUGCGACCAUGGUUUACUCCUACUCUCCGAGAUCAAUCAUGGAAUGCGCGGAAAAGCUUGGCCGAAAAGAAAAUGAAGACCCUAAAGUAAACUCAAAUAAGCAUAAAAACAUGCCACGAAAUGAAGCAGGGAAGUAGAGUGAAAUAGGCAUUGGCUUCUCUGUGCUUUAACUUUUAAAGGUAGAUCAGUAUUAUUUUCAACCGACGGCUGAGCUCGUUGCCCAAAAACGCACGGCUAACUCCAUUUUACAGAACUUGCAUGAAGAUUACUACUUGUUAACAUCAAAAUCAAUGAAGCGCCCGUCAAAUGAAUGAACCAGGCCGAGCCGCUUCUCUACUCCAUACAUCUGUUCUAUCCUCUCUUAUUGACAGGCAUUUAAGUUUCAGGAUUUUCUGACGCUUCUUCUAUUCCUAAUUGGCACACGCAGUGAAGAGGAGCAUCUAAGUGACGUCCAUGUUUAAUUUGUUCACCUGUCAGUUUCAGAUUCAACACGUGGUCGACAUCCGACACUAAAUUAGGCAUUUGGUCCUCCCAUAGGAAGAAAGUUCAGUGAGUCAUAACUAAAUUCACAACAGCACUGCACAAACCGAUCCACACUCGUUUCUGCGUUAAUGCC